AUAAUCAAAUUGAAUUGUAAUAAGUUUGUACACUAUAGUAAUACUUGUUCAACCUUUGAAAAGUAAAAGAAAAAUAUGACUACUUCAUUUGCCAUGCAAUCUAUAAUUUUGGGAAGUCCAGUUAAAUUGUCACAAAGUAAAAAUGGGUUGAAUCAGUUUGUUCCUAGCUGUUACUUGCCACGCCUUCGUAGGACUUCGCGCGUUCGUGUAAAGUGUAUGGCUGAGCCAAAACCAAGCACCAAUUUCAUCGAUAUAUUCUCAUUCAGUGGUCCGGCACCUGAGAGGAUCAACGGUAGGCUAGCCAUGAUUGGAUUUGUAGCAGCCAUUGGUGUGGAGUUAGCCAACGGUGCAGAUUUAUCUGCACAGUUAUCAAACGGUGGAUUGUUAUGGUUCUUGGGGUCAAGUGCAUUGCUAACUUUGGCUUCACUAAUCCCAUUGUUCCAAGGAGUUACUGUUGAGUCUAAAUCUGAUGGGAUUAUGACUGCUGAUGCUGAGAUUUGGAAUGGAAGAUUUGCUAUGUUGGGAUUAGUUGCUUUAGCUUUAACUGAAUAUGUUAAAGGAGCUGGGCUUUUCCAAGUCUUAAGUAUAUAAAAUGAAUAUAUAGUAGUUUACUUUACAUUGUUACUUUUAAGUACUUAUAUUUGAGUUUAAUAGAUCUGGAAAGUGAUCCGUCUAUGUUUUGUAACUAUGACUAUGUGGGGAUGAGUUACGCAGAUGUAUGGAUUAUGAAAGAGUAUGGAGUUAAAGAAUCUUGGAUUAAAAAAAAAUGUGACCAAAUAUUCUUAUAUUGUGUUUUCUGUUACAAAUCCAUUGAACUAAUUAAGUGAAUUGUCCAUUGAAUAUUCAUGAAUUACUUGUAUUCAUGUAAA